UAGGUGUGUAGUACACUGACCCGGCCUGUGAUAGGCUAGGAGUCAGACCAUGACCACCAGGGCCAUGAUUGGCUCCCCGGGCCCCGGUGUGUGGUCCCUGUCGCUGUGGCGGUGGGUGAGUCUCUGGGGGCCGGCCCUGCUGCUGGUUGCCAUGAUAACCCUGCUGCCAGGCGGUUGCCAGGCGUGCCCACCACGGUGCGAGUGCUCGGCCCAGAUCCGGUCGGUCUCGUGCCAGCGGCGGCGACUCACCGGAAUUCCAGAGGGCAUCCCUACGGAAACACGCAUCCUGGACCUCAGCCGGAACCGGCUCCGCUUGGUCGAGACGGGCGACCUGGCGCCGUACCCGCACCUUGAAGAAGUGGACCUGAGUGAGAACCUCAUUGCCACACUGGAGCCCAACGCGUUCGCCAAUCUGCAGAGCCUCCGGGUGUUACAGCUGAGGGGGAACCAGCUUAAGCUGGUACCCAUGGGGGCCUUCGCCAAGCUGGGCAACCUAACAACGCUGGACCUGAGUGAGAACAAGAUGGUGAUUCUGUUGGACUACACCUUCCAGGACCUGAGGAGUCUGAGACACCUGGAGGUAGGAGACAACGACCUGGUCUACAUCUCUCAUAAGGUAAGCUGUUACCCCAUCUGUUUACCAAGCACUUUAUUGUUCCUGAUCUGUCUAUAACCUUUUAUUGAUUAUAUUAUGUUUCCACGAUUGGCACUCACAUCUAAUCAAGUUCGAUCUGAUUGUAUUUGAAGGCCUUUUCUGGUCUGCUGGGGCUGGAGGACCUGACCAUCGAGCACUGCAACCUGACGUCCAUCUCUGGCCAGACACUGUCCUACCUACGCAGCCUGGUCACUCUGCGAUUACGGCACCUCAGCAUCGCCGUCCUAGAAGACCAGAACUUCCGCAAGCUUAUCAACCUGCGGGGGCUGGAGAUCGACAACUGGCCCUAUCUGGAGUACAUCUCCCCGCUCAGCUUCCAGGGCCUGGACCUGUCCUGGUUGUCCAUCACUAACAGCAACAUCACCUCCGUCCCCUCGUCCUCCUUCAAGAACCUAAUCCACCUCACCCAUCUCAACCUGUCCUACAACCCCAUCACCACCCUGGAGCCCUGGGCCUUCAGGGACCUGCUGAGGCUCAAGGAGCUGAUCAUGGUAAACACGGGCCUGGCUAUGGUGGAGCCUCACUCCCUGGGAGGCCUCAGACAGAUCCGGGUCCUCAACUUCUCCUCCAACGAACUCCAGACCCUGGAGGAGGGAUCGUUCCACUCCGUCAACAGUCUGGAGACGCUGCGGGUGGACGGGAACCCGCUGCUGUGUGACUGCCGUCUGUUGUGGAUCCUGCAGAGACGCAAGACCCUCAACUUUGACGGCAGGGUGCCUGUGUGCACUGGGCCGGAGGAGGUGCAGGGGUUUAGCCUCAGCACCUUCACCGACUCAGCGCUCUUCGAUCACUUCACUUGCCAGAAGCCCAAGAUACGCAACCGCAAGCUUCAACAGGUAAGAGUUAUUAUCCCACUUUGCUGUACACAUAAGCAUAAUGUAACUACAGUGUAGGUACACAUUGAUAUGUAGUACUUACAGCUUCGUUGCCUGUUUCCGUUUUUUGCCUAAUACUUCAUUCAUUCUUUAAUUCAUUAAUUUAUCAAUUCAUUAAUUCAUUUAUCCAUUCAUUCAUUCCUCUAAGGUGACAGCUCGUGAGGGCCAGCCAGUGAGUUUCCUCUGCAGUGCCGUGGGAGAGCCCGCCCCCAACAUCAUGUGGAUCUCCCCUCAGCGCCGAAUAAUCACAGCCAAGAGCAAUGGCCGCAUCACUGUCCUCCCAGGAGGGACGCUAGAGAUCCGCUACGCCCAGGUCACCGACAGCGGCACCUACAUGUGCAUCGCCAGCAAUGCCGGCGGCAACGAUACCUACUUUGCCAUGCUCACCGUCCGGGGCGCGCCGCUGGAUGCCGCGUCAGCCUUCUUCGCAAACCGCUCGCUGUACGGCGGCGAGUUCUUCAACGACACAAAUCUGAACAGCACGCGCGUCUUCCUCAAGUUCACCCUGGACCUGACCACCAUCCUGGUCUCCACGGCGAUGGGCUGCAUCACCUUCCUGGGCGUGGUGCUCUUCUGUUUCCUGUUGUUGUUCGCAUGGAGCCGGGGGCGGGGCCAGCGCAAGAACAACUUCACAGUGGAGACCCCUUUCCGGAAGGCAGAGGGGCCGGCGGCCACGGGUGGUGCCGGAGGGGCCCGGAAAUUCAACAUGAAGAUGAUAUGAAACAAUGCAGCCAGGGGCCACACGGGGAGGCAUAAGCACGUCACGGAAACGUGUUUGACAAAACACACAGCACUGACUCGCAAAAAAUAAAAUAAAAAAUGCAUACGGUAUUCACACAUGGCAUGUUAUCAUGACCAGAUUCGGUUUGAUGAUGACCUUGAUCUCACCUGCUCUUACUGGUUUUUUUCAGCUUGUGGUACAAAUGUGUAUUUAAGAUAAUAUAUCAUUGUCAUUGAGCUUGAUAAGAAUUAUAGAAGUUAAGAAUUUCGUGUGAUCUCUUAGGUGAUUACUGUGUUGUGAAAUGCUUGUAGUUAUGUCUCUCUCACAGGAAGCCACAUCACAGGAAGUGAAAAGGACUUCCUGGAAGCUGUGUACUUGUAGUGGUCAUUGCACAGAGGGCAUGGAGAGACACGGCUAUCAACUUAUCACAGUAGUUGUAGUCUUGCUUUCUUAAAUUCUGCCUUUUUGAGAAAUAUUGCAAUAGCAUGUAAAUAUUGCAAUUUAAAGUAAGUUGUAUAGUAAUAAGAUUAUAGUAUUGAAUAAAAACAAGCCAUUUUUAUA